AUAAUAACCUAGAACCAAACGUAAUAGGUCGUUUACGCAGUGAAGACUACAAACGGCGAAACACUUUUCGCUCUCAUUACUGUAAACAUCACUACCGUCAGCGAACACUAGCGUCGUAAAAAAUGCAACAUGGCGACUGCAAUGACAGGACGUGGCAUGGCCUUUAUUAGGAAUAUAUCGGGGGUGUUGAGCUCGAGGUUGCAGGUUUUGGGUGGCGGUCCCCAGCAGCUCUCAUGUCUCCACACCAGCACUUCACUGGAAUCAAAGGACUGGGAGAGGAGGAACCGGAAGGUGUUUCCACCUCAGCUACCGGGUGAUAUCCGCAGACCAGCAGAGAUCCAUCACAGCAGGAGGCAGAUUAAGUACAGCAAAGACAAGAUGUGGUACCUGGCCAAAAUGAUCCGAGGGAUGAGCAUCGACGAAGCCAUUGCACAGCUGCAGUUCAGUGACAAGAAAGGGGCGAAGAUCAUGAAAGAGGUUCUUGAGGAAGCUCAGGAGAUGGCGGUCAAAAAUCACAACGUCGAGUACAGAUCCAACCUGUAUGUAGCCGAGUCCCACUCCGGCAAAGGGAAGUACCUGAAGCGCAUCCGUUACCACGGCCGCGGGAUGUUUGGCAUCAUGGACAAAGUUUACUGUCACUACUUUGUCAAGCUGGUAGAGGGCUCGCCGCCCAAAACGGAGGAGAAGACCAGCUUUGACCAGGCCAAGGAGUACGUCCAGAACCUGAAGAACCGAACCAUCAUCCACAGCCUGUAGACCGUGUCUGUGUGUGUCUGUGUGUGUGUCUGUGUGGGUCUGUUUUCACAUUUGUAAAUAAAAAAAUGACCGACUGGAUAAUGAGACCUUUU